CCGUCGCUGAAAAAGCGUCUCGCAGACGCGUUCCAAGCCUCGCGUUCGGAACUUGGACCACCUCGCACUCGCACCGAACACGCGUCUCUCGCGGUCCACCUUGAAUCCAUCCCUCACGCCACGCGCCGGCUACCUGUGAUCCAUCGCGAACGUGACGUCAUGUCCUCCGACACGUGCCACUUCAUCCCUGUCGUGUGCGCAACAAUGGGCCCCCCCGCGCAGCAUUUCUCUCUCCGACCCCUCGCAUAGUGUUUCCGGUCCAUUGGAAACUCCUUAGCUGUGAUCAAUAGUGCCAAAAUCCCUCGUAUUUAGCUCAAUUCCGAGAUCAAGCUUGGAGUUUUGAGGCUGCCAAAGCUUGUUAUUGUGAUUAGUUCGUACGCAAGUUUUGUGACUUUUCAUUUCCGGUUCUUAUGCAUAUCGUUCGACGGUGUUUUCCUCGCGCUACUGCGAUCGUGACUUCGGUAGCUGGGCCCAAUUAUUAGCAUAUCGUGUAUUGUUCUACUUUUACAACUCCAAGUUCUUCCAUAAGUUGUAUCGACGGAUAAAAUCUCAACAAAGAAACACAUCAGGUGCGUCGAAUCAUCUUGCUAUCUAAAAGUGUGCUAUUGUUUACCAUACAUCAGUCACGGUACAAUAGGUAUUUGUUGCUCGGAAACGAUGUUAUGUGCGUGAAAUUUUUGAUGGGAUCACGCCAGGGAUGACCCGGAAAUUUGGAUCCGACCGUUGAAAUUUUGCUGAUUUUUGAAGAAUAGUAAGAUGGAAAUGGAAGAGGAAAACCCAUCCGAAAACUGAGUGAACAAACUUGAACAAUGUCUUAAAUCGGGAGGACUGAAAGCGAAAGACAUAACUCGGAAAAUCGUACGGAAGGAGGAGAGGAAUCAUCAAAGCUGGCGCACCAAUUUUGGUUCUCUUACCCGCCUCCAGGGGCCGGGAGUAGCCGGUCGCAAACGGACGAGGAGAAGAAGGAGAAGAAGGAGUUGGCGGAGGCGGCGGCCCGGAUCGAGCAACAAAGGGUCCAGCACCAGCGGGCUGCCGAGCGGGAGAUCCUCGAGAUCGAGUCCAGGACCCGAUUGGAGCAGGAAAUCGCCAUGGAGCAGUCCGUCAGGGAGUGCCGUUCUGCGUCACUUCAAUCAAUAUGCCGUGCACCCAUCGCGAGCUUGGAUUGCAUGGAAGAGUUCCAAAGCACCGCCGAGCAACUGUGCCUCCAGCUGACGUCAGGAGGGCUCCAGGGAUACACCACACCUACAUCCGUAUCCAGGCAGACCUCAGUCGUUACACCCGGGUUACGCUAUCGAAAUCUAGGCAAGAGUGGUCUCAGAGUAUCGAGCGUCGGUUUAGGAACUUGGGUUACUUUUGGUGGCAAUGUGUCUGAAGAGCAAGCAGAAUCUGUAGUCGUGGCAGCCUAUGACGCCGGAGUCAACUUGUUCGACAUAUCUGAGGCACACAGUGGAACCAGAGCAGAAAUUGAACUCGGAAAUAUUUUGCAGAAGAAGAACUGGAAAAGGCAUACAUACGUUGUAGCUACCAAAAUAUACUGGAAUGCAAAGUCAGAAGAACGAGGCCUGUCCAGAAAGCAUAUUAUAUCAUCCGUUCAAGCUUCCCUAGCUAGACUAAAACUUAGUUACAUCGACAUAGUUAUAGUACACAAAUGCGAUCCAAUGUGCCCAACCGAAGAGAUCGUGAGAGCGAUGACGCACGUCAUAAGUCAAGGCUGGGUCAUGUAUUGGGGCACCUCCAGAUGGAGUCCUGUCGAAAUCAUGGAGGCGUACACUAACUGCCGGCAGUUCAACUGCAUCACGCCAAUUAUCGAACAAACGGAAUAUCACAUUUUCUGCAGAGAGAAAGCUGAGCUUUAUUUGCCUGAGCUCUACAAUAAAAUAGGAGUCGGUCUUAUGGCAUGGUCACCUAUAUCGAUGAAUCUCAUUUCUGGUCGAGGAGAGGAAAAUACUGUUGGUUGCCUUACCAAACCGUCCUUAAAGCAAAAAUACGGGUCAUUCAGUUGGGUAGAGGAUGAAACGACAUUAAUGAAUAAGGAUGAGCGGACUCAAGUAGAGGAGAUGCAAAAACAGAGGGAGAAGUUGAAAGAAAUUUCCACUCUAGCGUCAAGAAUGGGAUGCUCCUUAACUCAACUAACAAUCGCCUGGACCUUGAAACACGAAAGUGUUCAGUGCCUCCUCAUCGGUGCUUCCACGCCACAACAAUUCUAUCACGCCCUCUAUAGUUUACAGUUGGUUCCAAAAAUAAAUGCCACAAUCAUGAGUGAGUUGGAUAAAAUUCUGGAGAAUAAACCUGUGAGGCCGCCUAUGAUAUCCACUCUUGCGCUCAGAUGACAAACAAUGUGCCCCCCGGGCUCAAGCCUGGGCGGGCUGGGUGACAUGUCACCCAAAGAAGAAGAAAAAGAAAACAAAAGUGUCCCUUUCUGCACAAUUCAGUGACAGUACGAGAAAGGGGGAGACCCUGUUUAAACUUAUCAGUGUUCAAGAAUGCUCUAUCUCUCUGUUUCUAUAUCUCUCUUUCUCACACACACAUACACACACGCAACAAGCAUCUCCUUCAGAAUCAGUAUCUACUUUCAUUCAUUACAUCUAACAAUAAUUACUCAGCUCCGUCUUUUCACAUUAAAUCUUAUAUUCUGCAUCAUUUUUACAGUUUCUUUAGGAAAUUUACCAUAUCUCUAGAUUUAAGUUCAAUCGUUUAUUGUAUCAAUAUACCUCCAUAAUACAUCAAGCUUUCUGAUGAUUAUAAUAAAAUAUUAAGGCCUUAAAAAUAAAAUUAAUAUAUCGAUGGUUUAGCGAAAAAUGCGUACCUCCGAUGCAAGUUUAAAUUGUUUUAAAAAGAAAAGAUGAAGAAACAACUAACCUCUUUUUAAAAUCGUUCAUGAGUUUAGUUUAUUCAUUCAAAUUAUACUCACAGGGAAUAAUUUUAAGGAAAUAUUUGAAUUAGCCUCCUGUUAAAGAAAGGAAACAUAAUUGAUGGGUUGAGGUUGCGAGGGAGAUACGCAUUCCGGCUUUGACCAUCCAUAUAUCUCAUCCUAGGAAGUGAGUUUGGAAUUGGGAAAUAAUUUGUUUUUUUUAUGAAUGCGAGAAAUUUUAAUAGGCCUUAACACAAGCGAGGGGGAUGUGUCCAUAAAAUUCAUUAGGUAGGGUGUAUUUAAUGCUAACUGCCUGGACCAUGUUACUCAGUGGGUCGAUAUUUCAGUUUACAAAAAAGUAAAAAUUGUAUUCGCCAUGAAAUUUGAAAGAAGGAUAUAAUAAUUAAUAUCCUCUGGUAACUGAAAAUCUGCCUGCAUCUUUUUUUGAUGCUUUAGAGAAUCUGCCGGCUCUCUAAUUUAAGAAAAAAACUAAAUAAUAUUAGAAAUAUUCAUCUGAGACUUAAGACACAUUAUGAACACACCAAACGUCAACCUAUUUGCAAAAAGUAAAAACUUCCAAUUUUCAUGGGGUGCAUUCUCGAUCAAAGAUAAUCUAAUCAGCUUGCGUCAGUGUUCAAUGAACUUUCCUUAUAACUUGCCAACAUUUAUUUCUUACAUAAAAGUUGAUACUUAAGUGUUCCCAAAUAUUAUCAACAAAUUACGACUAAACGUGUAAUUUAUUACCAGGCUUCAAGGGUUCAGGAAGGGAUGACCUUAUCUCCCCUCAGUUCUGCCUGCUGCUAAUAGAUACACAAAAUGUUUAGGCGCAAGUGAAAGUAAAUGUAUUUGCAAUCUUUUUUUUAAGAUUUAAAAAUUUAGUUUUUACAGUUUUCAAAUUAUUUUAGGUAAUAGAUUACUGUGGAACUGAUCAAGAAUCAACUAUUUAACUGUGUAGCCAGUCAUGUAUCCACGCUCGUGUCGUCUCAUCUUUUUUAAACGAUUUUUUUUUAGAUUUCCACAAUAAAGCAGUUGGAACGUAUGGUGUAAUGAUCGUAAAUAAGUUGUGUAUACACAAUCGAUCUUUCCCAUCUAGAAUGGGGCUGAAAGCUUUGUUGAAAUAUAAUGGAGGUAAAGCACCUAUUUUGUAAUAUUUUAAUAAUUCUUAAAGGCUGUGUUGUUUCAUGCUGAAUCAAAGAUUCAAAUUAACUUAAUUAUUAUUUACUAAUUUUUUCCUCCUUUAUAUAGAUUUUAUCGUACUUUCCUAAUCGUGAAUAAGUAUAUCGUCCGCUCAUCGCUUUUCAUAAUUAGAGAAUUUAAAUGAUAAUAAACUUGGAUUCUCUCAUACGCAGCGGUGGCGUGGCGUGCUUUGCGAUAUACCGAUUGAUCUGCCAUUUAAACCUAUGGAAAAGAAUCUAUACACAGGGUGUUUGCAACGAACACCUUAAUUAUAGAUACUUUUCCACAGCUUCAAAUCGAGAAAUAUCGAAAAUCGAUCAUUCAUGCCUCGCCACUGCGCAAACGUCAAGUUUUUCUGGGCUACUCGUCGAUUCAUUUCUUGAUGACGGAUACAAGAUAAAGCUCUGAAACAAAUCUGUUAUUGGCUGAUCGGGCCUUAAAACUUUGAUUGUAAGUAUUUUCUACUAACUCUACUCCAAUCUCGGUUGGGAGGAUGGGGGAUGGGGUUGAGAUGAUGCAAUGAUGACCCGUCCAUUCCUAGGAAUUUCAAAAUGGGAAGGGGUGUCCAUGUUUUCAACUCGGAACUGAAUUAUAUGAUAGGAAAUAGAACUUUCUGUUUCAACAUGGGGGGGAUGGGGGUCGUUGUGGAGCAUUUCAUUAAUAUGAUGAUUUCAGAGCACGGUUUUUAGCUGCUUUCGAGGGGACAAAAGUGGUCGUAUGGUCUGGAAUAACCCAUAUUUAAUCAAAUACGUUGAAUUUGACUAGUGAAAACAAUUCGAUUCAGAAAAGUUUGAAAUGUUUAUUGACAAGUGUAAAGUAUUAUCAACGCUAUUCACAUUCAAUAGUUUAAUUAAUUACCUACUUUAAUAUUUUUACAAAUAUCAAUUCAGGUUUAAUAUUAUUUGUAUCAAGUUUUCUGCAAUUCCAUAUUCAAGUAAAUAGGUAGUAUCCACGAUUGAUUAAAUCUGAUUUUGUCAAACCGCUCAAAAUGUAUGCGAUAAAUAAAAUUAUUCACAUGUUCGUGUGCACUA